AUGGCCGGCUUAAACGAGCGACGCAAGUCACGGACCUAUGUGUAUGCCCAGACUGGCGAAGAGUGCAACGAAGAGAAGCCGUGCUCCAACUGCGUUCGACAUGGCGUCGCUUGCUCACUUGCUGGUGGGCCGUAUGUCCCGAGAGAGGAUGCGAAGAACAGACGAACAUCAACCACAUCUUCCUCUGCGAGUCUGACUCAAACCACAUCACAAGACACUGGUCUAAGCAGCGCGACCGCGAGUGCUACGGGCAGCCGAGGACCAAGUCCACGACCAGGCCCUUUUCAGGUCCUGACGGGUUUGAUCGAGCGUCCACCUCCUGGAGAAAACUGGACGCUUGAUCUGGAGCUCAUGCACCAUUUCAUGCUACAUACGGGCUUCGUCCUGACGGAACACCAUGACAUGGAGUACAUACUCGACAUCUGGCGAGUCGAGCUACCCAAGGUAGCCUUCCAGUUCGAAUACGUGAUGCACAGUCUGCUCGGCUUCUCUGCUCUUCACAAGGCGUACGUGGAACCCGAAAACGCACAACGGUUGCGAGAGAGUGCAGUCGAUCAUCUGGACAAGGCGCUGGUGCUCUACCGAUCAGAACCGUCGCCUGCAACGGCAGAGAACGCAAAUGCCAAGUUCGUGUUCACCUGGAUUGUUGCUCUCUUCGCAUACGCUAUCCCUCCGAGUCUGCCGCCUAUAGAUGCGAUUGUGGAGCUGUUUAUGCUGGUCAAAGGCAUUGACGCGAUACUUUCAGAAACAUGGUUCUGGGUUUCUCAAGGUCCUUUCGCACCUAUAUUGAAUCGAGGGUUUCAGGAGGCUGUACCCACGGCUCUCGAAAGCUUUGCGGUCCCCGAAGGCAUAGACUUUGGCCUCAACCAUCUCGACUACAUGAUUGGCGUCGACGCUAUGCUUCCCGACGACCGCCGGACUUGCGCACUCAUUCUAACGGAGCUAAAAGGCAUAUACAAUACCAUGCAUCCGGCGCAAAACUCCUGCAGCGUGGCCUCGAUUCUAUGCUUUCCCAAGCAAGACUCGGGCAGCUUCGCGCAGCUGGUGAAGCAGCGCCUACCGCAGGCGUUGAUCAUCCUGGCAUACUAUUGUGUGAUGCUCGAUAUCCUAGACCCCAGAUGGUGGAUCCACGGCUGGUCGAAGAGGGUGCUGCAGGAUGUGCUGGGCUCGUUGGACGAGCAGUGGCGGCAUUGGAUCGAGUGGCCGGUACAGACGGUACUGCUGAAGGAGAGCACGCCCAGAGCGUCGGCAAACUUUAUGAUUUGA